AUGGGGUUCGGCGACUUCAACUCAAUAUGCGACAAGACCCCGUUGCCGCUGUGCCUGCUCGUAGGCCCAGCGUCGUCAAUCUCGGGGGCCACGGGCAUCGUCUCAAAUUGUUACGCGCGAAACAUUGAGGUUGCCAACACUGUCAUCUUCGAGGGUGCGGCCUCUUUCAUGCACAUCAUCGCCCUUGCAAUGACAGUGAUUAUGAUCCUGCACAUUCGAUCCAAAUUCACCGCUGUCGGCCGCAAGGAGAUUGUCACCUUCUUCUAUAUCUACUUGGCUCUCACCAUCUUCACACUUGUCAUCGAUGCAGGCGUGGUACCACCACGCAGUGGCCCAUUCCCCUAUUUUGUGGCAGUCCAAAGCGGCCUGACAUCCGCUCUCUGCGCCUGCCUGCUCGUCAACGGGUUCGUCGGAUUUCAGUUGUAUGAGGAUGGAACUACACUCUCUGUAUGGCUCGUGCGGAUCAGUUCCGCCGCCAUGUUCGCUCUCACCUUUGUCAUCGCCCUCAUGACGUUCAAAUCAUGGGGUGGACUAGGCCCCACCCAUACCAUGGGCUUAUUCAUCGUUCUCUACCUUCUCAACGCCAUUGCCGUCGCAAUCUAUGUUGUCAUGCAACUUCUUCUAGUCGCCAACACCCUCGAUGAUCGUUGGCCCUUGGGAAAUAUUGCCUUCGGUCUGUUGGUGUUUAUCAUUGGCCAGGUCUUGAUGUAUGCUUUCAGCGAUACGAUCUGCACCAACGUCCAGCACUAUCUGGAUGGAUUAUUCUUCGCCACUUUCUGCAACCUCCUGGCCGUGAUGAUGGUAUACAAGUUCUGGGACUCGAUCACAAAGGAAGAUCUAGAGUUCUCAGUGGGCGUCAAGCCUAACACGUGGGAAGUCAAAGAACUCCUUGCCGAGGAUGACCGACGCCAGACCAUGUACCAAGACACGAAUUCCGAGUAUGCUCCAAGCAUGUACCACCAGCGCCAAUCGGUAUACGGACACAAUUACUGA